CGCGAAUAUUUAAUAAUUAUAUUGAUAUUGUAUGAGGUUAAAUAUUAUUAUUGACAAUUUUCUUGCUAUUAAACGUUUAGACGGCCUUAAUUCGGCGUCAUUGGACUCGCCAGUGACCGCGAAAAUGUUUAACGGUUAGCCAUUUACAAUAAUUUACAUUUACUGUUUUAUCAUUCGCCCGAUAUUAGCUAAACAUUAUAAACCUCUUCGUAUCAAAAUAAUAUAAAAAAAAAAAAAAAAAAAGUCCACGUUUACCGGUAGCGCGAGUAUUUUCAGAAUUAUUUUACUUUAUCGGCCAUUUUAAAGGAUCGUUUACAGUUUUAUUGUUUUACGAUGUCGACAAUAAAACGGACGGUUGCGCUAGUUUUGACGGCAAUGUCAAUUAUCGUGGAAGCUGAGCAAGACGAAAACGUAUUGGGCAAUCCCAAGAUGCCCUUCAAUAAAACGGUGAGUGUUCGCAUUUUGUUAUUAUUUAUGGCGGUGCACUUACCGAAAACACCCACUUUGUGUACAUUAACAACGUGAUCGGGAAUCGGUCAUAAGCUCGAAUACCACCAUAGGGAAAUUUAAUUUAAUUUUAAACAAAUAUUGUAAUCCGCGUUUAAAUCCAAUUACGUUACGCUCAUUGCUUGUACACAAUCCCGUACGACUUGUCGGAACAAAACACACCGAACCGAAUUGUUGUAAUAAUAUGCAGUUACGUAGUUUUAUCCGAUUCCGAAACAAACUGUGCAUUAUUGGUAUUGCUAUUUAUUUAUGUUAACGUAAUAUACCUUACACAUUAUUAUAUGAACUAUACCGUUUUGUUAGUUUUACUGAGCUAUCGUUUUAUUGACAUUCGGAUAUUUUCCCGUUAGUAGCCCAACACAGCCAUACACCAAAAUAUCCGUGGCGUAACUAGGGUUUUAAAAAUUUCUCAUAAUUAUUUUUAUUAUUAUAACAAGGGUUAUGCAUAGGAAUAAUAGGGUGUUUUUGAAAUAUGCGUGUAAAUAUUAAUAUUUAAAUUAAUUGAAAUUACUUCUUAAGAGAACUUCGCUCCGAUGGCGUUUUGUAAUCUGAUUGUUUGUGUACCUAGGCUAUUAUGGAAAUGGAACCAUGGGAGUGUACCAUACGAUUAUCUAAACACGUUCGUCCUAUCCAGUACGUCCUGUAUAUUAGCUCGAAUUCGGAAACGGAUUCAUUUACCGGAAGCGUUGAAAUUACAAUAAUAUUGGACAGUCCUCAAAGCUUCAUUAAAUUACAUUCAAGCGAAUUGAAAAUUACGGAAACUACGUUGGACUCGAAUCCGAUAACAGCGUUUUGUUAUUCAAAAUAUCAAUUUUGGGUGGUGGUCCCCGACGAAGAACUAAGUGUCGGCAUACAUACAUUACGGAUGAAAUUCGACGGUUGCUUAUCAAAUACAAUGUUUGGAUUUUAUCGAAGCGAUUAUUUUGAUGAGGGCACCUACAAACAACACACCAUUGUUACCACACAAUUUGAACCGACUUUUGCCCGGUCUACUUUCCCGUGUUUCGACGAACCGGAGAUGAAAUCGAAAUUUCAAAUUAGUAUUACACGGCCGUCUGGUAACAACUUUAUUGCGUUAUCUAACAUGGACCAAGAGGUAAAAAUUAAUUUUGAAUUAAUUUUAAUUGCGUACCGUGAUUGUUGACAUUGACGUUGGAUAAUUGUUUACAGUGCGAAGAACCCGUAUCUCCCGCUAACGGAUUGACUAUUGCACGUUUCGCAAACACUCUCCCGAUGUCUACGUACUUAGUCUGCUUCAUUGUAUGUGAUUUUCAAGCAUCCGAGAUAUUCAAAGCAGAUCAGGGAUUCUUAAUACGAACUUUUGUCCGGAGAGAUCAACAGAAAAAUACCAAAUACGCCAGCUAUGUCGCUCUCAAAGCGAUUAACUAUUUUGUGGAAUAUUUUGGCAUAAAAUACAUGUUACCGAAGUUAGGUACCUAUUCUAUACUAUGGAUUUACGAUUCUGAAUGAUGAUAAUUAUUUCUAUCGUAAUAUGUAUAUUCGUUUGCACAUAUAUAAUUAUUGUUUUCGUGUCACCUUUUCAGAUAUUAUAGCGAUUCCAGAUUUUGAAGCAGGUGCUAUGGAAAACUGGGGUCUUAUCACUUUUCGUGAAACACAACUUUUAUACGACGAAUGUACUUCGUCUAGUACCAGUAAAUCGUCAGUAGCAUCUACAGUUUGCCACGAAUUAGCUCACAUGUGGUUCGGAGAUCUCGGUAGACAAAUAUUGAACUAA